CUCCCAGGAAUAACAGUAACCAUGACACCAAAAGAGAGCCUUCCACCACUCUGUGCCCUCACUUCCUAACCUCUCGAGAAAAUCAAAAUGCAUUUUAGCACAUGGACGGUCCUGUACGACUUCGUCACAUCUGCAUGAGGUCACAAGCAUCACUAGAACAGAGGGGCAAGCCGAGGGGGAGGCGAGCUCUGCGUGUGAGCGAAUCGGGGCGGGCAGAGACAAAGGAGAGGUUGGCCUGUGUCCUGCUUGUUCCUGUCACAGAGGGUUUUGUAACUGCUUUCAUCUCGUCCGAAAUGGAUUUCUCCUACUGUGUAUGCUGUCCGCAAUUUCCCCAGGUGCUUCUCUCUCUACGUUUUAUUCAUUCAAGAAAUAAUGAGAGCUUUUUUAUGUGCUAGGCCUUUGUGAGGGCCGUUGGGGAAAUAUGAGGCCACUGUGAAGAUCCUGGAUGAACAAGAUUUGGCCUGUAAUUUCACAGAGUCUGCGGUCUGGUGGAGAAUGCACACAGCAAAAAAAAGCAAUUCUGAUACAGUGGGAUGAGAGUUCUGUAAGUGGAGUAAUUCAGGGUGCUAUGGGAGCACGUGGAAGGAGAACCUUAACAAGUUUUGUGAUGAAGUGGAAAGAUAACUUGGAUGAAGUGAACCUGAGUUGAAAGCUAAGGGAGAGAAUUACACCUUACCUGGGUCAAGAGGAGUGAAGAGGCAGAAGGAACAAUGUGUGCAAAAGCAUGACGAAAGGACAGAAAAAUUCAGUUUGACUGAAACAUAGUUAAUGAGAGAGUGGGAAACAGAUGAGACUGAAGAAUUAAGCAGUGGCCAGAGACAAGCCCUUGUCUGUUUCCUUGAAAACUCACACUAUGGCAGCCUCAUUAAUGCAGAUGGCCAUGCUGAGGUGUGGACAGAUUGGAACGAUAUGUCCAAGUUUUUCCAGUAUGGGUGGAGAUGCACCACUAAUGAGAAUUCCUAUUCAAACCGUACCCUGAUGGGCAACUGGAACCAGGAAAGAUACGACCUAAAAAAUAUUGUACAGCCAAAACCCUUGCCUUCUCAGGAUUUAAGCAAGAGCCUCACUGGUUCCCAGGACAUCAACCUGAACUGGAUCCUCCUCGAUACAAAUACACAGAAAAGUCAACUUACAUGGAUAGCUAUUCAAAACCUCAAAUCACACGUCACCUUGAGUGUGUAUGGGAUCCUAAUAAUGGCCAAUUUCAGAGUCCAGGAUUCUAAGAAAGAAUAAGAAGUUUCAUUUUUUUGGAAUAGACUGUAGGAGGGAGCAUAUUCUAAGCACAACUAAGAAUUUAGCUUGCUGUAACACAGUCUCACUCCGAAUAAAAUAUUCAGAAAAUAUUCUCUAUCCCCUUUUAUUGUUUUAACAAAGCUAUAAAUAUCAACUUUAAGUUAAUUAUAUCUACUCUUAGUUCUAUGCUAGGGAUAUGUAGGAGGAUCUAAAAAGAAUUAUUUCUCUCAAAUCUACAGCCACUGUGUUCUUGCCUGCCUUCCAUCAGUGGCAGAACUGCAAAAUUCACCAUAACUUAGGUUCUGUUUGACUAGCUGCUUUCUGGAUAAAAGCUUGGUAGUCAUGGUCACAUAGCUUUCUUUGUUGUUGAGUCCCUGGGUGGAACAAACAGUUACCAUGCUCAGCUACUAACUGACAGGUUGAAAUUUCAAGUCCACUCACAGGCACCUAUGAAGGAAAGACUGGUGAUCUGCUUCCAAAAAAUCAGCUAUUCAACACCCUGUGAAACCAUCACUGAAAUCACAAUAAAAUACUAUUUUUUAAAAAAGAACACAUUAUGGAGCACAGUUCUGCUCUGAUGCA